UUGGCGACCUCAUGCAAUCAUGUUUAAGUUAUCAGUAUUACUGAUGGUUAAAAUUUCAUUUAUUGCUGCACAGAACUGCUCUUCCAGGAUUUACAAUAUCAUUAGAACAGGAGUUUCGUCUUUACCUCCAGACGAAAUCAUAUCAGAUCAUACCGUCAUGUCUGGGAUUGUUCCGAUAGAAUGUUACGAACUCUGCCAAAAGGAACUGAAAUGUGUUGGAUUCAACUACAGAGACAGGAUCAAUGUUGUGAACUGCCAACUGACCAACAUCAGAAGUCACACCGUAAUGGCAGGAGAAGGAGAAUGGAUACUAAUGCUCGAUGACAAAGCGGAAAAGAAUGAUACGGAAAAAAAGAGAGAAAAUGAAAAUGGGUAUUUAGCAACCAGCUGCGCCCAUCAUUAUAGAAUAGGGGUGAGAAAAGAUGGCGUUUAUACCAUUGAUCCUGAUGGCUUGGGAUCGUUCCAAGUCUUGUGUAAUAUGAGCAGAGACGGGGGUGGCUGGACCGUGUUUCAAAGAAGACAAGACGGAAGCCAGGAUUUCUACCUUGGAUGGUCAGACUAUAAAGAAGGCUUUGGUAAUUUGAGUGGCGAGUUCUGGUUGGGCCUGGAUAAAAUACAUCGUUUGUCCAAUUCUGGCCAAAAUGUUUUAAGAGUUGAUUUGAUGGAUUUGAAAGGCACUGAACGUUACGCUAAAUAUGGAAAGUUUAGUGUGGCUGAUGAGUCAGAAAAAUACAGAUUGAAUAUUGGCAGUUAUUCAGGUGACGCAGGUGAUUCCCUUGCUUAUCACAGUCAAAUGAAGUUCUCAACCAAGGAUAAUGACAAUGAUGUUUCGACUGGCAAUUGUGCAACGCAGUUUCAAGGAGCUUGGUGGUACAAAAGUUGUCUUACUUCCAACCUCAAUGGCCCGUACCUGGCUGCAGGUCAGAAAAGUGCCACCGGAAUAAAAUGGGACAAGUGGCAUUUUUAUUCAAUGAAAAAGACUGAGAUGAAAAUUCGUCCAAACCACAAUUGAGAGACGAACAUUCACUGGUUGCUUCUGUGAUGAAAUUAUAAUAGUAUAGAAACAAUAUAUAGCAGUAAUUUGAUGUUUGAGCGUAUUUGAGUGUUUUGACCUUAAUUUUACGACCAACAGCUGAAAGCAAAAUUUUAAAUGAGCUAAGGAAGACAAAGUCAAGUCUGACAUUCAAUAAUUAGAUUUGAACGGAAACAUGAAAAAAUUUAUCUACUGAUAUUUACAAUGUAAUCAUUAUAUAAUAUUUGAAAUCAGGUAUACGGUUUAAUGAAACGUCAUUAGGCGAGUUAGAAAGUCGGCCGAGGCAAUUUUACACAAUGCGUUCCAUAAAUGAAGCGAAUAAAUGUUUGAAAAUGGGGGAGAAGAAAACACAAUAUUUUAACGCAUUGGUGAAAAAACCCUCCUUUGUAAAUUUACGAAGUCCGUAUGCACUAUUCGCGCAUUUUAUUUGCUUAUAAAUACGAAAUAGACGACGUCGACAUUGCCGAUAAAACUUGUUAUUAGUCUUUUUUUAAGAUGUAAUUUUGCUUAUGCCUGUAGUUCUCGCUAAAGAUGUAAUUAAUAUCACAGUGUGAUAUAUUCAGUUGAUAUCUAAUGAUUUAUGUGUAGUGUUCUGUAUGUAAUGUUGAUUUGUAAGUGCUGGCCU